AGCGGCCGGGGCGGGGCGGGAGGGCGCGCGGGGCCCGGAGCGGCGCGCGAGGUGCGUGCACCCCCCCCGCGACGCCACCGUGGGCUCCGGCACCAUGUUCGGCUCCUCCCGAGGGGGGGUCCGGGGGGGCCAGGACCAGUUCAGCUGGGAGGACGUCAAGACAGACAAACAGCGUGAAAACUACCUGGGCAACUCCCUGAUGGCGCCGGUGGGACGGUGGCAGAAGGGGAAGGACCUGACCUGGUACGCCAAGGGCAAGAAGGAGACGGCGUCCCCGCUGUCCCGCGAGGAAGAGCUGGCCGCCGUCCGCCUGGCCGAGCAGGAGGCCAUGAUGGCAGCCCUGGGCUACAAGAACAUCAAGAGGCAGCCCACCGGUCUGAGCAAGGAGGACCUGGCCGAGGUGUGCAAGCGGGACGGCGCCGAGCGGGACGGGAAGGACGUGGAUCGGGUGGUGGGCUUGGGCAGCUCCAGCGGCAGCGCCGGCCGGGUGAUGCUCUCCAAGGAGGACAAGGAGGCGGCCAAGAUGGGGCUCUCCGUUUUCACGCACCAGAAAGUCUCCAGCACCCCCGAGACAUCUGGCUCCAAGAAGAAGCAGGAAAAGGAGGAGAAGGUGGAGGAGAAACGGCCGGAGGGUGGCAAGAAAUCCAAAAAGGAGAAAAAGAAAAAGAAAAAGAAGAAACACAAGAAGGAGAAGAAGGAGGACAAGCAUCACAGGAGGGAUGCUGCUCCAUCGUCCUCCGAUUCUUCCCCGGACCGGGAUGAGAGGCACCACCGAAGGAACACCCAGCAGCGCCCCGAGGCGUCGCGGCACGGCGGCCGGCGUCAGCACGACAGCGAUGCCUCUGCCAGCAGCCGGGAUUCGGGCAGGAGCCCCUCGCGCCGUCCUGCCCGUCGGCGGAGCCGGAGCAGGGACGGCCGCGGUCGGCACCCAUCCCCGCGGCGCAAGGGGAGGAAGAGGAGCAGGAGCAGAUCUCCCCCAUCCCGUGGGGUCAGGCAACGCCACGACACCGAUUCGGAUGACUGAGAGGGAGGUUUUUCCAGGGAGAUUUCACAAAGCUUAUAUAUUUUUUAAGGUUAUUAAAUUUAAAAAGCCGUAGCUCUGCGGUUACCGGGGCCGAGUCUGGCAAAGGGCAUUAUGUGUUGCGAUGCCAGCUGCCCCUUCCUCGCCCGCAGCUCCUGCCUUCAACCCGGGGCAGUGCCGGCAGCUCCCCCCGCUGUCGAUCCCAGCCACGGAGGGGGCAGCAGGCGCCCGGGCGCCCUUCCCCUCGCUCCCCAGAUCCAUCCAUCCAGGCGUGACUGGGCGAGGAGGAGGCUGCGGGGUGGGUGCCGGCGCUGGGGCGGUCCUGGCUGCAGUGCUGGAAAUGCUGUGGACAUCUGGUGUUUAUGUAAAGAGACUUUGGAUG